GCGGCUGCCGCGGAUCUUCCCGGUGGCUUUGAGUCUCGCGCUUUCUUCGUUUGCUCGCUGGCGGGUUUGCGCCCCUCUCGCACCUUCGGGCGGUGAAGCUGGGGAAGGGGUUGGAGGGGGCUGUUGACUGCAGCCUUUAAGUUGUGCUCGGGGCGGCCAUGUCGGCCGGCGAGGUUGAGCGCCUAGUGUCGGAGCUGAGCGGCGGGACCGGAGGGGAUGAGGAGGAAGAGUGGCUCUAUGGCGGCCCAUGGGACGUGCAUGUGCACAGUGAUUUGGCAAAGGACCUAGAUGAAAAUGAAGUUGAAAGGCCAGAAGAGGAAAAUGCCAGUGCUAAUCCUCCAUCUGGAAUUGAAGAUGAAACUGCUGAAAAUGGCGUACCUAAACCGAAAGUGACCGAGACUGAAGAUGAUAGUGAUAGUGACAGUGAUGAUGAUGAGGAUGAUGUUCAUGUCACUAUAGGAGACAUUAAAACAGGAGCACCACAGUAUGGGAGUUAUGGUACAGCACCUGUAAAUCUUAACAUCAAGACAGGAGGAAGGGUUUAUGGAACUACAGGAACGAAAGUCAAAGGAGUAGACCUUGAUGCACCUGGAAGCAUUAAUGGAGUUCCACUCUUGGAGGUAGAUUUGGAUUCUUUUGAAGAUAAACCAUGGCGUAAACCUGGUGCCGAUCUUUCUGAUUAUUUUAAUUAUGGGUUUAAUGAAGAUACCUGGAAGGCGUACUGUGAAAAACAAAAGAGGAUACGAAUGGGACUUGAAGUUAUACCAGUUACCUCUACUACAAAUAAAAUUACGGCCGAAGACUGUACUAUGGAAGUUACACCAGGUGCAGAGAUCCAAGAUGGCAGAUUCAAUCUUUUUAAGGUACAGCAGGGAAGAACUGGAAAUUCAGAGAAGGAAACAGUGCUUCCAUCUACAAAAGCUGAAUUUACUUCUCCUCCUUCUUUGUUCAAGGCUGGACUCCCACCAAGCAGAAACAGCACCUCUUCUCAGUCUCAGACAAGUACUGCCUCCAGAAAAGCCAAUUCAAGCGUUGGGAAGUGGCAGGAUCGAUAUGGGAGGGCCGAAUCACCUGAUCUAAGGAGAUUACCUGGGGCAAUUGAUGUUAUUGGUCAGACUAUAACCAUCAGCCGAGUAGAAGGAAGGCGACGGGCCAAUGAAAACAGCAACAUACAGGUUCUUUCUGAAAGAUCUGCUACUGAAGUAGACAACAAUUUUAGCAAACCACCUCCAUUUUUCCCACCGGGAGCUCCUCCCACCCACCUGCCGCCACCACCAUUUCUUCCACCUCCUCCAACUGUCAGCACUGCUCCACCUCUGAUUCCACCACCAGGUAUUCCAAUAACUGUACCACCUCCAGGUUUUCCUCCUCCACCAGGCGCUCCACCUCCAUCUCUUAUACCAACAAUAGAAAGUGGGCAUUCCUCUGGUUAUGAUAGUCGUUCUGCACGUGCUUUUCCGUAUGGCAAUGUUGCCUUUCCCCACCUUCCUGGUUCGGCUCCUUCAUGGCCUAGUCUUGUGGACACCAGCAAGCAAUGGGACUAUUAUGCAAGAAGAGAGAAAGACCGAGACAGAGAUAGAGACAGAGACCGAGAGCGAGAUCGUGAUCGGGACAGAGAAAGAGAACGCACCAGAGAGAGAGAGAGGGAGCGUGAUCAUAGUCCUACACCAAGUGUUUUCAACAGUGAUGAAGAACGAUACAGAUAUAGGGAGUAUGCAGAAAGAGGUUAUGAGCGUCACAGAGCAAGUCGAGAGAAAGAAGAACGACAUAGAGAAAGACGACACAGAGAGAAAGAAGAAACUAGACACAAGUCAUCUCGAAGUAAUAGUAGACGUCGCCAUGAAAGUGAAGAAGGAGACAGUCACAGGAGACACAAGCACAAAAAAUCUAAAAGAAGCAAAGAAGGAAAAGAAACUGGCAGUGAGCCUGCCCCUGAACAGGAGAGCACUGAAGCUACACCUGCAGAAUAGGCAUGGUAUAACCUUUGUGUAUAUUAGUGCCAGAAAUAGAUACUAUAAAUCUUGUUAUUUUUCUGGAUAAUGUUUAAGAAAUUUGCCUUUAAUCUUCUGUUAGUAUGAAAACUUUUUUUUCCCAAAAUAAAAGUGAAUUUUUCAUGUUAAGUUAAAAAUCUUUGUCUUGUAAUAUUUAAAAAUAAGAGCAAUGACUUUAUAUCCAAGAAAGUAAUGUGAAUGAGUCAUUCAGCAGGGAAUUUAAAGAGCUAUGUUUAGCUGUGUACAUAACCAGUAUCUGAUAAAGGUCAAGGUUCCAUCUUGGCAAUAGUGUUCUUGAGUUAAUCAAAUAACUUGACUCUCAAGAGGUUGCACUGCAAAAGUCAUCAAAAGGCACCUUUGAGUCUUGAGAUUAAAACUAGUCUUUUAUUAUUGCUGCUGUGUUAACUGUAGCUUAGCAUAUUGAAGAGCUCAUACAGUUUUGAUAUCACAACUUUUUGAUAGCAAGUUUUCACUCUUCUAAAUCUGGGUUUAUGGUGAAAUUAAAUGGGGAAUUUUUAUAUCCAAAUUAGUAAAAUAUAAAGGUAUUUGGGUGGCCUCUGUGAAAUAAUUUACUCUAAGUGUAGUUUUUAGCGUGUACAUGGACACUUGUCACUAUGACACAAAUUUGAUUUCCCUCAUGGCCAUCAGUGUGAGCCAGGAUCAAGCUGGUUAGGCCUUUCUUGAUACUUUUUCCAAGGCUCAUUGAUUGAGCAGCAUGCAGAGGUUUUAUACAGUUAUUAACUAUAUUGUGAAUAAAAAUGAAUGAUAAGAGCUUUAGUCAUUUCCUAUUAAAUCUAAGAAAAAUCUAAGUUUAUAAUUCUGUGAGUUAAUCCUUAGGAAGCAUGUGACGGUAACAUAGUUUUGAAAGAAUUACUAGGACCUUUUAAAUAGUGAUAUUAGAAAUGAGUUUAGUAUCACAUACUAAAAGACAACUAUAAUUUUUGAAAAAUAUUUAUUUUUCAUUUGAUGAACAUUUUUCAGCAAUACACUUUUAAAAUCCUCUGGCUGUAAAUUGUUUUUAAAAUACCCAGAAUGUACCCUUUGCAGACUUUGGCAUAUACCAGAUUUUUUAUUUAAUUGUAUGAUUCAAAUUCAGUGGGAGCAUACAAACAAUUUCAGCUGUUUAAGAGCUUUUUAUUAAAUAGAAAAAUAUAAACGUAAAGUUGUAGAGUAAUGAGAAAUCCACACUGAAUAAAAACAAUUAAUAAUGUUUGUUUUGAGAAUUAUAUUUUCUGAGGUGUAACUGGUUUUCAUUAGAUACUUUUCCUGACAUUAAAGCUUACAUUUUUACAAUGUAUCCUUUAAAUAUAAAAAUUGACAAGAUAAAUAUAUUGUUUCAACAUA